AUGGCAACCACACUGGCGCCCCGACUCGCUCGCCUCACACCCCUCACCACCUUCUCGCGCCAGACCGCGACACAGACGACCCGGAUUUUCAUCUCGCGAUACAGCACCAGCCCCGAGGACGUCAUCAAGACCCAACAAAUUCCCGCCCCAGGCUCCGGCCAUGUGCGUGUAUUGCAGCUGAAUCGGCCCAACGCCCGCAACGCAAUCUCCCGUCAGCUGCUCGACAGUCUUUCAAAGCAGGUCAAGUCCGUCGCCGCAGAGGAGGGCAACGGUCCCACACGCGCCUUGGUAAUAGCAAGCAAUGUCGAUGCCGCAUUCUGCGCAGGCGCAGACCUGAAAGAGCGCGCCAAAAUGACACCUGCCCAGACCGAAGAUUUCCUUUUGGACCUCCGCAGCACCUUCAAAGAAAUCGCCAACCUCCAGAUCCCCACCAUCUCCGCCAUCUCCUCCAUGGCUCUUGGCGGUGGCCUUGAGCUCGCCCUCUGCACCCACCUCCGCGUCUUCGGCUCCUCCUGUCUGGUCGGUCUCCCGGAGACCCGUCUUGCGAUCAUUCCCGGCGCCGGUGGCACCUACAGACUGCCUGCGUUGGUUGGUAUGAACCGCGCGCGUGACAUGAUCCUCACCGGCCGCCGGGUGACGGGCCCAGAGGCGUAUUUCAUGGGGCUGUGCGAUCGCCUGGUGGAGGUCUUGCCUGAGGAGGCGACGCAGGAGGGCGUUGCACGUGAGAAGGUCGAGAAAGCGGCCAUUAGGUUAGCGCUGGAUAUCUGUGAGGGUGGUCCUAUUGCUAUCAAGCAGGCGCUGUUGGCCGUUGAGGGAUCACCGAUGGGUGAGGCUUCUGAGAACAGGGCUUAUGAAGGUGUGAUUGAAACAGAGGAUCGGUAUGAGGCGCUGCGCGCUUUCGCUGAGAAGCGCAAGCCUGCUUUCCGCGGACGGUAA